AUGGCUCCGCGGCUUCCUUUCUCCCUGAAGUUUACUCUUUGGGCAGCUUUGACUUGGUUCGGAUCACGCCUCUCUGGACUGCGCCUUGAAUCACCUUUCUCAUUUGCUACUUGGCUAUGUGCUACAUUCAUUUCUUACUGCAUUUUGAGUUUUUCUUGGAGAAUUUGUGGCCGACCAUGCUUUAGUCCUCUAAGGGAUCUCCCAGGACCCAAGAGUGAAAGCUUUCUUUUUCAAAACUCAUCGGGGAUCUUCGACGAGCCCCUGGGGAACCGUAUCACCGGCUGGGUGAACACAAUACCGAAUGACGGCCUCCUUCACUUCUUCGGGUUGUUAGGGUCCGAAUACCUCAUACCGACCAGCGUCGAAAGUAUCUCCGAUGUUGUCACCAACCGUGCUUAUCAGUUUCAGAAGGCUAGCGGGCUCCGAAGAUAUGGAGUUCGUUUCUUCGGCGAUGGCAUCGUUAUCCAAGAAGGCGAAAAACACAAGAAAAGCCGAAAGUCAUUCGUUCAAGUUUUCAAUCAGCGACAAGUCGAUAAGCUGAAGCCCGUUCUAUCCACCAAAGCGUCUGAGAUUGUGCAGCAUGUGCGAGAAAAGUGUCUCACGAACGCGAAUGGCGUAUCAAAGGCUGCGAGUAUCAACGUCGCUGAGUUCACCAAGUUGAUAUCUCUGGAUGUCAUGGGUAUCAUCGCCCUCGGUCAUGACUUUCAUGGAAUUUUGGGCCAGAAUCUGCAGAUUUUUGAAGUUUUUCAGAUGCUAUUUUCUUCAAAUGAGGAAAAGAAGUCUCAUUUUAUGUGGCAUAAUUGUGCUCCCCCGUGGUUUAUGAAUAUGUUCCCUUCCAAGAUAGACUCACAGAUGGAGGUGGCCUACGGGAAGCUUCGCAAACGCCUCGAACAACUUAUUCCGGAGAAGCUAGCUGCACUCAAGUCAACAACAACGACGGAUCAGGAUAUUUUGACACAGCUUGCCUGCUCAGGGGACUUCUCAGAUGAUGAGAUUAUUCCUCAAAUUGUCACUACACUAUCCGCUGGGUUUGAGAGUACUGCGAGCACCUUGUCAUGGACAUUAUAUUGUCUAGCAGCCAACCCCGAAAUUCAACCCUCCCUGCGAGAGGAAAUAAGCGCUGCCAAGUCCUCUAAAGCUACCCUGAGCGAGGAUGACUAUGAAAAGCUGCCACUACUCAAUGCAGUGUGCUAUGAAACCUCGCGACUGUACCCAACCUUUGCGAUGACAUUGCGCAAAGCUAUCUGUGAUACCUAUAUCAAUGGCCGGCUUGUUCAGGCUGGCACCUAUAUAGCCAUUGUCCCUAGGGCUAUCAAUAGGGCCAAGCACCUAUGGGGCCCUGAUGCAGAAGAAUUCAUCCCGGAAAGAUGGAUUGACCGAUCUGACCCUCUAGCUCCGAAGAUCAACCAGCUGGGAGGUGCUUCCUCGGCAAUCUGUAUGCUUUCCUUUUUGUAUGGGCCUAGAAGUUGUGUGGGAAGGGGGCUCGCAUUGGCAGAAAUCCGUCGGGUUACGGCGCGCCUGGUAGAGACCUUUGAUAUCCAGCAAACAAGCUCGACUAUUCCACAACCUGUUGGGUGGCUGUCAUCAGGUCCACCCCCUGAGCUGAAUCUGAAAUUUGUGCCGUCAACUAUAUAG